CCGCCGCCGCCGCCGCCGCGGGCCGGAACCGGAGCGCGGCCGCUCCCCGCACAUGCGCAGUGCGGCGCCCGCCACUAGGCCCGGGCCCGCCGUCAGCCCGGGCCCGGGACGCUGGGGCUCGGCGGCCGCCGCCCGGCGGGAGGCCAUGGGCACGGCGAUCAACUCAUGUGUAGGAUGUUGUGGGUCUGUGAAGCACCUUAGCCGUUUCUUUCCCUCCUCCUAGAAGGCCGGGUGUCUCAGGAAAGCCGCGCUUUUUUAUCGCAAGAAUUAAGUGGCACCCAGGAACAGCAGCGGAUUAUCGACCUGCUGGGCGGAUGGCGGCGCCAUUAGCAAUGUAAUACUUCAGAAAGUUUCCUAUUUGCACAGCAUCCCUCUGUUUGUGGCUGGCACGGUGUUGGCAUUUGAGUUUAUCUGAAGAUAUCAAGCUCCCAGAGGGUCCCUUCCUUCCUGGAAACUCGGCGAAGAGUUAGCGUUCCCAGGCUGUUGGAGCUCUUCCGUGUUAACGGAUGAUAUUUGCUAUGUGCCCUGUAAGUCCUGCCCUGGGACUCGGUGAGCGGUGGGGUGCCCGAUGCCUGUAAUCCCCAUUCCCCGCCGGGUCCGCUCGUUCCACGGCCCCCACACGACCUGCCUGCAUUCGGCCUGUGGCCCGGUAAGGACCACUCACUUGGUGCGCACCAAGUACAACAAUUUCGACAUCUAUCUGAAAUCCCGAUGGAUGUACGGAUUCAUUCGUUUCCUGCUGUACUUCAGCUGCAGCCUGUUUACCUCCAUCCUCUGGGUGGCACUCUCUAUCUUGUUUUGCCUUCAGUACCUUGGCAUCCGGAUCUUUCUGCGCUUCCAGUACAAACUCUCCAUCAUCCUCCUCUUACUGGGGCGAAGGCGGGUAGACUUCAGCCUCCUGAAUGAACUGCUCAUCUACGGAAUUCAUGUGACCAUGCUGCUAGUGGGGGGGCUGGGAUGGUGUUUCAUGGUAUUUGUGGAUAUGUAAAUAAACCGAGCGCAUGUGGGCUAA